AUGUCUCUCAAGAACCCUGCAUUCCCCUCCUCCGAGGCCUUCGACGCCAUCAACGAGGCCUUCAAAGCCUCCGACGCCGACCGCAAGGACGCCAUCAAGGCGGGCAAUGCCGUUUUCGCCUUCACGCUCAAGAACAAGGCCGGCGAUACGGAGAGCUGGCACAUUGAUCUGAAGACCAAGGGCGAGGCGGGCAAGGGGCUGGGCGAGAAGCCGGGUGUUACCCUCUCCCUCUCGGACGAAGAGUUUGGCAAGUUGGUUGCUGGCACGGCGAAUGCGCAGAGGCUGUUCAUGUCUGGUAAGCUGAAGGUCAAGGGUGAUGUCAUGAAGGCUACGAAGCUGGAUCCUAUCCUCAAGAAGGCGAAGGGACCCAAGUCGAAGUUGUGA